AUGGAUAUAAUCUACGAUAAGGUCCAAAACAACGUCGAGUCGUAUUCUGCUGACUCUGGUGCUGUCACUGCUGAUGUCUCUAUUUCACACACUGCCCCAAAGCUUGAUGAACCAUCCCCCCCUUCCAAACCAGAGGUAGACUCUAAAACCCAGGAAAUAAACCAAAAAACUGACGAACAGUUUGUAAAACUUGAGAAAACUGUGGAAAACACCUACAACUAUAUUGGAUCUGCUUUUGGCAGCUUUUGGGGUAAAGUCAAAACAAUUGAGAUACCAAAGGACACCCAACAAAAGCUACAGGGCCUCAAAUCAAAUCUACCCGAAUUAGUUAAUCAGAAGAAAACACAGUUGGAGGAGCAAAUUGGUAACUUGAAGCUUCAAGAGAAAAUAAAAACAGCCCAAACAAAUAUAUCUAGAUCAAUAAACCCACAUGAAUCCGAAGCCCAAUCUGAUACACAAACAAAAGAACAAACCCGAAAUGUUGAAAACGUUGAAGAAGAUAAGAACAAUGAUAAGAAAAUGUUGGAUAUAUUGGUCAAGACAUCUGAUGAUUAUUUGAACAGUUUGGAUAAAGAACUUGAAAAAGUGGAAAGCAAUAUAGUCAAAUAUGCUUCAGCCUUUGGAAACUUCUUAAAGACAUCGGUUAUUGAGAUCCAGCCUGAAGAAAAAAAUAUUGAUGAAAGAUUAAAAAAAGCCACUCAUGGCACUGAGUUGAAUGAUAUAGAAGCAGAUAUCUUGUUUAAUGUUCCUGAAAAUUUAUCAACUCAAAUCAAUGCCACAAGAACUGAAGCUCAAAUUAAUACACUACAUACUUCUCAAGAUUUAUAUAUAACUGAAGCAAUUGAUGAAGAUUAUCAUGACUUUAAAAAAUCUUUUCAUAUUCAAAACGAGACUGAUGAAAUAUCUGCUCUAUUAAAAAAAUAUCCCAACUUGCAAAAUUUAAUGUCCUCAAUUGUUCCUACUAAGGUUACCUACGAAGAAUUUUGGUCUCGUUAUUUUUUUAUGAAAAAUCAAAUCACAAAUCAAGAAAAACACAGAAAGGCUUUAUUACAAAAUACAACAACUGAUGAUGAAGAAGAUUUCGAUUGGGGCGAUGAUGAUGAAGAUGACGAGUAUAAUGAUAAAACCAAUAAAACAGAUAAACCAGGAAAAACAGAUAAAACAGAUAAAACAGACAAAAUUGAGAAGACAGAUGAUACUGAUGCUUCCAAAAAACCAUUUACUAAUGAGGGGACGAAACCACCUAAAAAAGGUUAUCAAAAAGAUAUUGACACUGAUGAUGAUGAUGACUGGGAGUAA